AUGGAAACGAAUCCUAUGCUAGAAGACGCUAAAAAUCCUAAUUUCAACUUCUUCGAAGAAGGAAUCAUUCCUAAUGAAGUAAAUCAGAUUGAAAAUCGUCGAAUAAUUCUUAAGCGAGUUCCUGAAAAGCUCACAAAAUCUGGAUUGCUAAACAUUUUAAAACAAUUUGGAAAUGUGACUGAUUUGAACAUUCCACACAAUCAGAGCAAUUUUAGUUGUAGCAAACCAGGCUUUAAAAUAGCUUUUGCAACAUUUUCAUGCUUUAAUGAGACAGAAAAAGCUGUACGAGAUUUAAAUAGUGAAAAAAAUGAUGGACUGAAAUUAUACGCUGAAAUUGCUCACGAACGACAAAUAUCUUCAGAACCUGAUUAUACACAACAAGAUCAAAAUCAGCUUCAGGAAGAUGAAAAUUUAUCAAAAGGAUUUAAUAAUCUUGAAAUAAAUGAAGAAGAUCCUUUACAAGAUGAAUGCCAUCCAGUUAUGUUUGUUGAUUACGAGAAUGUUCAGGAUGGAAACAUUCAUGAAAAGGUUACGAAAUGGGAACGAAAAAAGUUUGUGAUGAGCAACCAUGAAAGGAAUAUUUUAGAAGACAUGAAACAACGAGCUAUGAAAUCAUUAGGAAAUUAUGAUGACGAUAAGUUGCAGGGUUUUAUUUAUUUGGGUUCAAACUUGCAGCCUGAGUUUAAGAAAUGCUUUCGAUGUGGCUUUGUAGCAGUCUUCAAAUGUGAUUUAACUGGAAAUUUUUAUUGCACAAUUAAAUGCAGUAAAUCGCAGGAACAAGAAAAAGAAUUGAAAAAUCGAAAUCAGUUGAAUUCUGACGCUUCAUUGAAAGCUGAAGAUCUCGUCGUUAUUACUGCUGUCGUCAAUGAAAAAUGUUUAUUUGUUCGUCGUGUAGCUUACGACUACGUUUCUACUAUCAAUGAAGUUUACAAACAUGGAAAAACAGCUCAGAAAAUGCAAAUGUUCCCGAAUGUUGGUGAAUUGGUUUUAGCACAAUUUCAGGAUGAAAUUUAUCGUGCUAAAGUUCUCGAUGUUCCUGACUUUGAAGAAGAUAAAAUUACAAUUCAACUUAUUGAUUUUGGCAACACUGCUCGAGUUGUCAUGGACGAUCUCUACGAAAUGAGUAAAGAAUGCCAAAGCCUGAAAUGUUUUUCUCAUAAAAUACUUCUUAAAGAUGUAAAUAUUCCAGCCAUUAAUGAAUUUAUUGUCAGCUAUCUUGAAGAUUUAAUGAAUAAUGAAAUCGAGUUGACAAUAACAAAUAUUGAUGACAACGAUGCAGUUUUAAUCGAUAAAAGUACUGCCACAAAUGUUAACAAAAGAAUAGAAAUUUUGUCGCAAAUUGAUGAAGUCACUUAUCAAAGUGAAUGUGUUUACGAUACUGAAUUUCCAAUCGCAAACCCACCAAAUGGACGUCGUCAAAGUUUAGUUGUUGUAAAUUCAAAACCCAUUAAAGAUCACCCUGAAUACCUUUGCUGUGUCGCUAAAUCGGAAAUGAAAGACUUUAUCGAACUUUAUCGAAGUAUUAACGUUUAUGGAAAUCGUUGCAAGAAAAUUGAAACCGGAAUUCCACAAGAAAAAGAUCGAGUUUUUUUGUCGUUUGUUAAUAAUCAAUGGCAUCGUUCAGUUGUCAAGAAAUCUGUUGGCGAUGGGAGACCUUUAUGUACUCUCAUCGAUCUGUGCAAUGAUCAAAAGAUACGAGUACGAAAUAUGAUUCCGAUGCCAGAAGUCUUCAAAUAUCCACCGAUUUUAAGUGACAUCUUCAAAAUUGAAGGAUUUAACGAAUUAAGUGAUGAAAUGAAACAAAUGAUUGAAGACAAAACUCGGGAAGGUCAAACAAUAAUCGUUGAUGUUUUGAAUGGUGAAAAUGAUAUUCCAACUAUUCACUUUAAUGAAAUUAAUGAUCUUCCCAGACCAAGUCCAUUGCGAUAUGCUGGAUCUGAUAAUUAAAAACAUUUAUUCAUCUUAAAAACUUUUUCACAGAAUAUGCAAGCAUAAAAAUGAAUUUAAUUAAUAGUCAGUGUUUAAGACUGAAUUUAAUGCUGAGUUAAUUCAAGCUUUCAAAUUUUUCGAAUGGAAAAAUGAGUUCCAAUUUCAGUCCUUAAAUUCACUUCUUCUGAUGAAUAAACUUUCUUCUUUUCAAUCAGUAAUUCUAUUUUUGGUUUUUUAAUUCCAAAUGUAAAAUCAACAAAGGUUCAUUUGUUUUCGGAUUAUCUUUGUACAAACUCCAAGUUCUUCUUUUUAAGUCAAAAAUUCCAACACAAAUUGUUUUGUUUACUGGGCCUGGACGAUCGCGAAAAAUCCAAUUCUCGCCUGUUUGAUCACCAAGCAUUUGAAUGAUGCCUUUAAGUGAACGUGGCUCUGAGAAUUUUAUCAAUGUUUGAUAUCUUUCUUUCGUUGAGUUCAUAUAUGGAUCGACACAUUCAAGUACCUUCAAACGAAGAUAAUUGUUGCAAUGAAUUGAACAUUCUCCAGUUCCGAAAGCUUGAAUAUCUAAUAGCG